GAUUACUAUGGCAAAGAGCUGCAGAAGUCAGAGGACCUGAAAACCAAUGCAUGUGUCACCUCAGCAAGGCCCCUGCCCAAGGCGGUGAGAGAUGCUUUGGAGCAUGUCCACGAGGAGGUGUUGGCCAGGUACUACGGCUGUGGUCUGAUGAUCCCUGAGUGCCUGACGUCGUGCCGGAUUCUGGCCCCCGGCAGCGGCAGCGGCAGAGACUGCUACCUGCUGAGCCAGCUGGUUGGGGAGCAGGGCCACAUCACCGGGAUAGACCUGACCGAGGGCCAGGCUGAGGUGGCAAAGAAACACAUUGCCUACCACAUGGACAAGUUUGGCUAUCGAAAGCCGAAUGUGGAGUUCUUGCAGGGCUACAUGGAGAAGCUGGGCGACGCUGGGCUGGCUGACGAGAGCUAUGAUAUUGUCUCCAACUGUGUGAUCAACCUUGCCCCAGACAAGAGGGCCGUGCUGUGGGAGGCCUACCGCGUGCUGAAGAUAAUGCUAGGGAUGCCCGGGCAAGAGAUGUACUUCAGCGACGUCUAUGCCAGCCAGGACCUGAGCGAGACCGUCUGGAAGCACAGGGUGCUGUGGGGGGAGUGCCUGGCGGGUGCCCUGUACUGGAGAGACCUGUACCGCAUUGCUGAGGAGGUGGGGUUCAGCCCCCCAUGCCUGGUCACCGCCAGCCCCAUCACCAUUGGUAACAAGGAGCUGGAGGACAUUGUCGGCGACUGCCGCUUCGUCUCUGCGACUUUCCGCCUGUUCAAGGUGCCAGGUAGCAGCCGGGCUGGGCCGGGCCAGGUCAUCUACAAUGGCGGGAUCAUGGGGCACGAGCAAGAGCUGGUGUUUGACGCCAACUUCACCUUCAAGGAAGGAGAGGUUGUUGAUGUGGAUGCUGAGAUGGCUGCAAUCUUGCGGAACUCCAGGUUUGCAAAGAAGUUCCUGAUCCGAGCUGGCGAGGCUGAUGCUGCUGCACCGCAGGGCUGCUGUUGUAAGAAGGUGAAGGAGAAAAUCUGUGAUCCCUUCCAGCUGCUGGAGCACCUGGAAGCCUCCGGUCCUGCUUGCCAUCCUGGUAGCACCUGUGGUCCCCUGGGAUGCUGCUAA